AUGAGUUCACAGGAUGUUUCUGCGUUGUUGGGGCAGUACCUGCUCCAGGGCUACUGCAUGAUGGGCACCCACUGCCCAACCUGCAACACUGUACACAUGCGAACCCGUGACAAGUCCAAGACUAUUUGUGUCAAGUGUGACGUGAUCGACAAGGACAAGAAGAAGCCAUCCGAACCGAAGAAGGAGGCAGCCACAGAAGGCAACCAGCCACAGGCACAACAGCAGCCACAGCGUUUACAAGCAGCGGAGGAUGGUGGAACCGGCGAUGAGAAGCCAGUCCUGUCUGCAGUACCUCCUGGGCGACAGCCCGACGUUGGUGACGAGGAGGAUUUGGCAGACGAGUCGGACGCAAGCGGCUCCGGGAUGAACACCAGCCGAGAUAGCCGGCGCCGCUCACAUGGACGCCACGCGCACCACCCGCAUCACCACCACAACAAUCACGAACAGCACGAGCAGAUGCACCGCCGUGUCAGCAGCGGCGACAGUCCCCAUGCGAGCCCCAGCAUGCGCGCCAACAACAUCUACUCCAUGCAGUCGCCGGCCGUAUCUGCGGCCCGCCAGCGAACGCUGUCCUCCAGCAGCGCUCGCCGCCGCGCAGUCAUGCAGUCGCCCUCCAUCCAACGCGCCAGCCAGCUCUCAGACUCGCUCCGCCAGCGCUUUGGGGAAGGCCCGUUUGCGGAGAGCCGAAGUGCGGACGUGGCUGCGUCGCAGGGCGCCCCCAUGACCUUCCACGCCGAGGUCAACCCCAUGUCUCAGGGGUUUGCUGCGCCAUCCGACUUGUUCAUGCGUCAGCAGCAGCAACAACAGCAACAACCACACCAGCAACACCAUCACCACCACCAGCAGCAGGCGUUUCCGUUCACGUUUGAUGCGGCGGCGAUGACAGCAGCAGCGGACGGGACGGGCGAGUCCACGGCGAUGGACGCGCAGUCCCGUGCUGCCGUCAACCACAUGCGGUUCAGGUGCCAGGUCACCAUCGAGGCCCUCAACUUCAAGCUGCAGCAGGCGACGGAGCUGCUGGAGCGGGCAAGUUCGUACCAGGAGACACUGGACGUCAGCAACGUCAUCGCAGCACUUGGCCACGCGCUGGCGGCCAUGAAGGCCCUCCUGCAGCAGUAG